CGUUUCUCUUGCUCAGCUGGCAUUGUUCUUUCCCAGCUGCUCUAAUAUUGUAUUAUUAUUUAUUUAACAUUUUAUCCUUUUUUCAACAGCAUGUUCUGUCUGCGCCUGUAGUGAAUGUGUCAUCGUGAUCAAUGUGAAAUGUGACGUCGUACUUUGUCUAUCUAUUACCACCAACUAGGCUACUAGUAGUAGACUAAACUAAACUUAGUUGAUGAUAAAGAUAAAUUAAUACUGACUGCAGAAUAGGAGAUUUUAAAAUUGUAUUAAAAAAAUACGAUGAAGAUGGUUUUCUAGUUGUUAGGCCUAGUAAUAGUCUGUUAAACUGAAAAUUGAUACUGUCAACACAUUCAUUCAAAUCAAAGGUGCAUUUAACUUCGUUUCUGAAUCGGACGGAAGCCAGACAGCAAAAUUAAAGUUAGGCCUAGGCCUAGUACCUAAUGAGCGAGCAGGUCUGUAUAACAGCACAAAAAAAAGAAAAGGAAAUGGAAAAUUCAUGAUAAUUUAGAAUUACGGUAUUCUAAAUUGUAACAGUCCCAAAUUGUGUUUGUGUGGUAACUUGACUUAUCUUGAACAUUUUUAUAUAGGCCUACUGUUUGUAUGUAGGUUUAAGUACUAUGCAUUGUAUUUAGGUCAUUUAAUAGGUUGAACAUUACCAGGAAAGGCUAGGUCUAGGUCCUUGUAAGGGUACUGAUCUCAAUUUUGAUUAGAGAUGGCUGACGUAAAAUCCUUGGAACAUCCUACUCUGAAGGUGCCUUAUGAGUUGUUGAACAAGAAGUUUCGUGCUGCUCAAAAGCAGCUAGACAGAGAGGUGUCUCAUGUUCAAGCCGCAGCGUUGGAGCUUGAGCGAGGGUUGGCAGCUGACACCGUGCCCGCUGGUGACAUCAGUCGUAUCCUUGGAGGCAUGGUGGAGAAGCUGCAAGUGCUCAAGCGUAAGGCAGAAGAAAGCAUAUCUGAAGAACUUCAGGUUGGACUAGUUUGCAAGCGUCGCUUGGACCACCUGAAGGAGUACAGCAGUAGUGGUGCUGCAUGGCGGCGGCGACGACUAGACCGUAUGUUGGUGGAGUACUUUCUACGUAGAGGCUACUAUAAUGCCGCUCAGAGACUUGCUCACACUUCUGACCUUCGUGAUCUUACAAAUAUUGAUAUUUUCAUGGUAUCCAGGGAUGUUGAAAACUCCCUUUCAAAACGUGAAACGAGCAAAUGUCUUGCUUGGUGCCAUGACAACAGAUCUAAACUUCGCAAACUCAAAUCGACAUUGGAGUUCAAUCUUCGCAUCCAAGAGUUUGUUGAGUUGGUGCGUUCAGAUCGGAGAAUCGAUGCAGUGCGUCACGCUCGCAAGCACUUUUCCAUGUUUGAGACGGAGCAGUUGCAGGAGAUUCAACAUUGCAUGGCAUUGUUGGCCUUCCCUGCCACAACCUCUCUUUCACCGUAUCGUGAAAUGCUUGACGAGAGUCGCUGGGACCGUCUUGUGGAACAGUUCCGUCAGGAGAACUAUCGUCUCUUCCAGCUCGCUUCACAGUCCGUCUUCACUGUGGCAUUGCAAGCAGGCUUGUCUGCUCUCAAAACACCUCAGUGUUACAGCACUAAGGAGAACCGCAAUGCCAGCUGCCCUGUUUGUCAGGACUGGUUGAAUAUCCUGGCAAUGCCUCUGCCCUUCGCUCACUGUUCUCAGUCUCGACUGGUGUGCUCCAUUUCUGGAUUACCACUCAAUGAACACAACCAACCAAUGGUCUUGCCCAAUGGCUAUGUGUACGGUGAACAGGCACUGUUGCAAAUGGCUGCAGACAAUCAUGGACAGGUGAUUUGUCCUAAGACUAAAGAUAUAUUUCCCUAUAAGAAAGUUGAAAAAGUGUAUGUAAUGUAAGAGAGAUUCAUCCCUCGGUCACAUUGCAAAUACCUGCUUAUACUUUCUUGUUUGAAUUUACUCAUUCGCCGCUGAUUGUGUUUGCCAUGAUAUUUUGUCACCUUACGAUAUAUUUUAUAAUCAAAAAUCAAAUAUACAACAAUAAACAUGUUUCUUUGA